UGCACACAGACGCUGUUACGCAUUCACGCCCUUGCGCCCUUCACACAUCUAAACCUGGGUGCCCCGCUUCCUCCUACACUUUCUGUCGGUCAGCACCGAGUGUAACACUGCCACUCAAUCGCAAUCAACCAUGGCGAACAAUUUCUUCGGCGACUACGAUCGCUAUGACGAUCGCCCAAGAGGUCGUGCGUAUGGCCGCGGUCGCUACGAAUAUACCGAAUACGGGCGAGAAACCUCCCAAGGCCCUCAAAUCAAUGUGUACAACCGGGUAGACAACGAUCAGCAGCAGCGGCCCUCAGCCGCCCCUCCUGCUCCGGCCCCUCCUCCACCUCCACCAGCGCAGCCAGCAUAUCCUCCUCAGCCCAUAUAUGCGCAGCCGCCAUACAUGGCUCAAUACGCACCACCAGCUCCUCCUCCCAAUUUUUUUAACAUCAUUCCUCCCUAUGCACCCGCUGCGGCACCGGCACCAGCACGAAGGUCUCCCUCACCGGCACGCCACCGCUACCACGGUCUCGGGGAAGAUUUAGUGGAAGACCUCGCGGAAAUGCAUCUUGGCCACGGCCGAUCUCAAUCACGAGCUCGCGCCGAGUUUGACCGCCAAGCUGAACGCCAAGCUGCCCUUAACGAGUAUAAACUUGCCGAGCGAGAACAGAUGCUGAAAGAUUUGCAGCUUAAGGCGGAGUAUGAGAAAGAGAAUCGGCGAAUCCGCGACGAGAUAGCUUUGAAGAGGAUGCACGAAGACGAUGAGCGUCGUCGGGAGGAGGAGCGCAAGGAGGCCGAGUUCAAAGCACGAAUGCUCAAAGCCGAAGCCAAGGCUCGCGAUGAUGCAGAGGCUGCGAAACUGAAGGAGAAGCUCUGGGCUGACGACAUCAUAGAGGACAUGGAGCGCAAAGAGAAGGAGAAGGAAGAGGAAGAGAAGCGUCUGAUCCGAGAGCUGGAGUACCGUAAGCAGGCCCAGAAGGAGAAAGAGGAGAAGAUGUGGAAAGAGCUCGAGGCCAAGAAGAAGGCCGAGAAGGAGGCCGAGGAAGCCCGAGAGAAGGAGUAUGAGCGUAAACUCAAGGAAAAGGAGGAGAAGAAGAAGGCCGAUGAGAAGGCAGCAAAAGAGAAGGCCGACAGAGACUUCCGCGAUCGCCUGCGUGCGAUGGGUUAUUCCGAGCACCACAUCGAUGGUAUGAUGGCUGAGGACAAAGACAAGAAGACUGUGGUCGACGUGCAUCAGACCAAUGUGAACAUCUACCGCCCGCCAAGUAUGAUGCUCACUUCGGGCCAGACCCUCACAUUUCCCAAGAUCCGCCGGGAGUAUCUCGCGGCGGAGACCUUGGCCCACUUCAAUCUGAAAUGGGAAUACGACCGCGACAACGACGACUACAUCAUCAUCCUCCGCCACCUCACCCGCGAGGAGACGGAGCUCCUCUUCGAGCACACACGCCGCCUCCGCGCUGGCACCCUGCUGAUCGAGUCGUCCGGCAGCAGCAAGAAGAAGCACGAGUACGCGUGGGUCCGACACCGAUCCAAGAGCCGCAACGGCCGCGGCGAGCGGGUGGGCAUUCUGGAGCUCAAGUAAGUAGUGCGAUGAGAGGGUUGAAGCGGCAGGGGGGAGAAGAAGCACCGGGGCGUCGUCGAGGCGAGAGCGAGUCUGCUAACGUUGUGGGUUUUUCUUUUCCGUCGCGCGUGUGGGCGUUAUGA